AUGACAAUAGGACGUAACACCAUCAUGAUCACGAAUAUGAUGAAAUUGAAGCCGCCAAGCGUGGCCCGGUAUUAUUCGACCGCCAUGGCCAUUACGGAUCCCUUGGUCAAAUACCGCACCCUUGUUUCUACAAAAGUGCUCGCACCCGACCCCUCCCAGCAUCGCCUAGCGAUCCAUCUUCAUAAGCUAUACGCACGACUAAAAGACUACGCCCCCGAGAUUGAUUAUCGAGAACGUCUCAAGGAGGUAGCCGACAUCCCUGAAGCCCGCGACCCUGAAGAAGCGGCCGCAACCUUGGCCAUGCCAAGUCACCCUAUCUGGGACAACCCCCUAUUCAAACAUCUCACUAGAAAGGCAACGCCAGAUCCAGAGAACGCGAACCGCCUUGCCAUCGUUAGAGUUAUGACAAGCCUGGAAGGCGCUAUCACUAUUAACUCGCCGAAAGGUCUUUUUCUUUCGGGUGAGGUUGGCGUCGGCAAGUCCAUGCUGAUAGAUUUAUUGGCCCAGGGCCUACCUACCGAGAGGAAGAGGCGGUGGCACUUCAACACCUUCAUGCUGUACACCUUCUCCCAGCUCGAGAAGUUUCGUCGGUCUCAUCCAGAGUUGACAGGCAACGAAAAGGAAUACUCUAUGCUUUGGCUAGCCAAGAAGCUCGUCGAGGAGUCACCAAUAUUGUUUCUCGACGAGUUCCAGCUGCCAGAUCGUGCGGCAAGCAAGAUUCUCAGUCACCUAUUCAUAGCUUUCUUCCAUCUUGGCGGCGUGCUGAUUGCCUCUUCCAACCGUAUGCCGGAGGAGCUUCAAAAGGCCAUUGGGGUCGAGUACACUGUUCCCCCGUCCGACGGCUUCCUCAAGAGUCUCUUUCUGGGCGGAGCACGCUCUCGAGCCACGCGCCAUAGUCAAAACGAUUUUGCCGCGUUUCUUGAGGUCCUGAAGGCGCGCUGCGACUUCUGGCACAUGGAAGGGGCCACUGACUUCAGACGUCGGGAGACGGGCGAGAAAGUUGCUGCUGAAUUGCCUCUUCUGGGAAACGUAGUUGGGGAUGAACCCGUGGAGUGUAAAGAGGAAACAACAAGGCCAUCAAAGUACUACCUCCUAGGCUCGGACACAACCGCAUGGCCUACAGAGCUAGCAGAGCAUCUCUCAGGAACCUGGAGCCCAGCAACCCUUACAGUCUACGGCCGCACAAUCUCCAUACCUCGUCAACGAGACGGCGUAGUCUACUGGGACUUCGACCCGCUGGUAGCGACCUCGGGCCCAGCCGACUACGUGACAAUGGCAUCGACCUACCACACGUUUAUCAUAGAUAACGUACCAACCCUAACAACCGCCCAGAAGAACGAAGCCCGGCGCUUCAUUACUCUCCUGGAUGCACUCUACGAAGCGAAGUGCAAGCUCUUCGUUCGCGCCCAGGCAAGCCCUGAUGAUCUUUUCUUCCCUGAUAUCCGCGCGCAGGAAGCGCUUGCCGCUGCGGAAGCCGAAGAAGUAGUAGAUUCGGACGCGAUUCACUCCGAGACUAUUGCGGAAGUCUACCAGGACCAGGCCGCGCCCUUCCGGCCUAACAUCUCGUACUACGAUACCAACUCCCCGACGUCCAAGUACGAUCCAGAUCAGGACUCGGAUUUUGGGAAGCUGGGUCACACGAGUGACACAAGCCCGAACUUCAACAACACGGGGGCCUUCACGGGUGAAGAUGAGCGCUUCGCGUACCGCCGUGCUGCGAGUAGAUUAUGGGAGCUGUGUAGCACCGCGUGGCAUGCUCGUGACGGACCGCCUGAGGCGUGGUGGACGCCAGUUCCCCGGGCUGCGCGGCACUGGGAGGACUCGUCGCCUUCCAAGCCGAAACGAGACGAGCCUUUUUCGCCUGGAAGCAGAAAGACAGACGCGGUGAUGGGUCCUUCGAGGCCUAUUGAAGGGCCCUUUGGCACCGACAAGCUGGUUAUCGAAAGGCGACAGGCUUUGGAGAAUGAGGAACGCAAACUCAAUGGACCACAGGGGCUUGAGCGAUAG